AUGGCUGAAGUAUCAGAAAUGAGCUCUUCUACUCCCGAAGAAUUGUUGGCUGCGGGUCGAAGACAUCUAGCAGUUAGAGACUAUACAUCAGCCGCGGAGACACUCGCUACAGCGUGUGAGCUUCUUGCUAAGAAACAUGGUGAAUUUGCCGAUGAGUGUGCUGAAGCAUAUUUAUGGUAUGGCAAAUCUCUUCUUGGAUUGUCAAGAGAAGAAAAUGGUCUCUUGGGUGACGGAGUAGCCGGGGGAAAUAAUGAAGAUGGGGAUAAUGAAGAGGAUAAUGGUGAAGAAAAUGCUGAAGCAGAACAGAAAAACGGAGAAAUUGCAACAGAAGAUGGUGACGAUGACGAGAAUAAGGUUGAAGAUACAAAAGAUAAUGAAAAAACAGAACCUGAAUCAACGACUAAAGAUUAUGAACCUGGAAGUAGUACAGAAAAUGAAGAAAAACCAGGUACAUCGAAUGGGGAUGUAAAUGACGACUCUGUUGUUAAUUUGGACAAUGAAGAUGAUGUGGAUAAUUUACAACUUGCCUGGGAAAUGUUGGAUCUAUCAAGAAACAUUCUUCAGAAGCGGGCAGAAAAUGGCAAGGAUGUUCGAGCUUUAUUAGCUGAAGUACACCUCGCUCUGGGAGAAGUAGCACUAGAGAGUGAAACUUAUGAUAAGGCUGUAGCCGAUAUGAUCAGCUGUUUGGACAUACAAAAAGAACUCUACAAAAGUGAUGACAGGCAUAUCGCUGAAACCCACUAUCAAAUUGGUUUGGCGAAUUCGCUGGCAUCAAACUUUGAAGAUGCAAUCACACACUUCAAAAACGCUGCAAACAUUCUCGAAAGUAGAAUAAAAACUCUAGAGAAUCCUAAGACAGUUUCAGAAUGUGCAACAGUCAAAAAAUACGCGACAACUGACCCAUUCUACUCAGUGGAAGGCGAAAUUAAGGAAUUAAAGGAACUUUUGCCGGAAAUACAAGAGAAAAUUCAAGAUAUGAUGGAUUAUAAAGCCGAGACUAUAAAAAGGGUACGCGAAACAUUAUGUCCUUCAAACGGAGAGAGCAGUAAUGGCGCCGGUUCAAGCAAGACUGAACAAAAGGCAUCAGACAUCUCUCAUCUCAUAAAAAGGAAGAGAAAGAACAGCGAAGAAGGAGGUUCAGCACCGAAGAGGGUUAAUACGUGA